AUGUCGUCCUGCUUCGGCUUCCGCAAGUCGCGCGCUGAAGAUCGCCAGCCGCUGCUGCCCCAGUACCGUGAUGACACGGUCCUGCAGAGGGAGCUGCACCAGAAGCUGCACUCGUAUCAGAUGAUGCGGGCCCUCUCCAAGGGAUACAUGCCGUCCAAUGAGCAGGUCAUCAUCAAUAUCCGCACCUUGCUGGCGUCUGAUGUCCUCAACCCUGGCGAGCACGACCUGAGCAACUCUGGCCGUCUGCUGGUCAAGUUCACGAAGCAAUGGCUUACUGAGUUCCUCGAGUUGCUGCAGCACAAAAACAGCAGCGACCAGAUUCAGGACUUCAUCUGGUUCUUGUCCAAGUCGAAGCUCUCGGUCGACGUUGAUGACAUCGCUUCCAGAGCAACCAAGGCGAAAUCGAAAGCGGACACUGCCGCAGCCUACAGAAGCCUCCAGACCGUCGGCUCGUUGUUGCUCACAAACUCAGACUUCCGCCUGUUUCUUGCCGACGUCAAUGUUAUCGGACGCGAAGUCUUCAAGGACACAGCAUUCAAGCUGUCCGAUGUGGCCGAGGCCGCAGGCAAGAAGCUCGAGCCGUCCGACCAAGAGCAACAAACUCUGAAAGAGCCGGGUGCAGACGACGGUCCGCCACCCACCAACGAAGACCUUGAGCAAGAUGUUGCCGAAUUCUCCAAGGUCAUCAGCAAUGGUGCAACCGAUGUGGCCAAGGAAGCAGGACACAGCCUGGCCGACCAUGUCAGCGGUGAUGAAAAGGAUACGAUGCUCUACCGCCUGAAGCAAGCAGUUCUGAAGCUGAGGAAGCGAAACGACUAUUCCGACUCGGUAUCCACCCUCUCGCUGCUGGUUCAGCGAUACGCCCUGGUGUACUCUCGUGCUGUGCAAGAAACCGUGAACACCGUUCAAGAUGAUGUCAAUGAGAAUGAUGCUAUGGACCGAGCAAUCAAGAACUUCUGGUUGUUCCUGACCUCUUUUGGAGACAGAAAGGCUUGGGAAGACCUGGAGGACAAGUUCAAGAAAAUCAUGGAGCACAGCAAGAACGACCCAGAAUUCGAGGACCUGAUGCUCGACAUGGGCAACUCACUCCAGAAGCUCCUCACUGACCCUGAAUUCCUGGAACAUGCCGAUGAGAAGUUUCAAGCCCUCCGGGAGAAGGCUCGUGGCGUUGGCACAGACUCGUCCUUGCGCACGGAUGUGGAUGAAUUCCUUGGCCAGAUCCAGACCACUUUCGAGGCCGUCUCGCAUGACGAGGACAUUGCCAAACUCAUGCGGACAUCCAUGCAGAUUGUGCACAUACUCUCUCCAAAGUACCAGUAUACCAACGGAGAGCUAGUGACAGACGCCAUUAACGUUUUUGUGCCUCUUCUCAUCCAGGCAGUUCAGUACGUGCCGAUCCCGCGCUUGGAGGUUUCGAGUCCCGAAAUAGACCUGCUACUCGAGAACUUGAUCGUGGAACCGGGAAAAACAGUCAACCACACAUCUUUCCUGCCGUACAAGUUCCGGGUGGAGACAUACAACGACCUCGAAAUCCGCAAGGCUCGCUUCCGGACCACUUCAUCGGUAUCCUCGCAAGUCACGGUCAAAAUCGACGGCCUCUCUAUGCGGGCUGAUGAAGUCGGCUUCUGGCUGCGGGCCCACUCAGGCAUAUUCCGGCUUGCCGACGCGGGGAUUGCAUCGUUCGCCCUCGAUGAACGUGGGCUGGAUAUCCACAUGGACAUUGAAGUGGGCCGUGAUCGUCUUGAGAAGAUCCUUUCCCUCAAAGCGGUGCGCGUCCACAUCCACAAGCUCAACUACACGCUACGCAAGAGCAAGCUAUCCAUAUUCGGCUGGCUAUUGAAACCCCUGCUCCGCCCAAUUAUCCGCAAGGUAGCGGAAAAGCAGCUCGCUAACGCCAUUGCCGACGCAAUGCAUGCAGCCAACCGCGAAGUGGUCUUUGCGCGCGAGCGCCUGCGCGCCACGCAGAUCGCCAGUCCGGAGGAUCUCCGCACGUUCUUCAAGGCUGUGGCUGCAAGGCUGACACCGGAGGCUGACCCCGACCUGUACACGCGCGUCGGCGUGGCGGAGCCGGGCAAGGGCAUCUUCAAGGGUGUGUACGCGCCGGGAAGCGUGGUCAAGCUCUGGGAGGAAGAGGCAGCCCAGGCCGCAGAGAGAGUUGACGAAUACAGAGAGGAUGGAUGGCGCAACGAGAUCUUCGACACUCACACAAGAAACAUGAUGCAGUGA